AUCGACUCCUAGAACAGUUUUGAGGUGCGCUGGUGACACAUACACCAUGUCUAGGAGAGACGGUAGUCCCGACGCCUCUCAUAGUAUUAGCGAGGGAUCGCUAGAUUCUACUGCUAAGAGCCGAUGGCAACCCGAACCGAGUAGUCCAAAAAGUGCAGAUAGUAAUAAUAUUAAUGUAAGCAUAAGAGGUUCCCUUUUGAGAAAAUCUAAGGAACAUGUUAAAGAAAGGGGGAAAUUAAGGAUAGCCGAAGGAGGUAUUCGUUCUAGGAAGAGCGUGACAGUAGUCCGACACUUUCCACCAGGCUGUGGGAGAAAUGUAAGGGGACAACCAGAAAAGGAUAAGGAGAAAGUAACAGUGGCAAGUAAACCCCUUAGAAAAGUGUCAGGUGUACGACAUUUUCCUCCCGGUUGUGGAAGAAAUGCUGCACCCGUGAGUGAUGAAGAGUAUAGGAGAAUACAACAAGCUUGGAUUGAGGAGCAAAGGAAAAAAAUCUCAAGAGGAGGAAAACUCAGAAGAGGAUCUUCAGGAGGACUCAGAGUAGAAUCUUCCGAUAAGAUCAGAUUAAGAUGAUGAUCCCAAGGACAUGUAAUAUUUUCGUAGGAUUUUACACUACCUUAACUCUAAGUAGAUGUUGUGUAAAAGAGAUAAUAAUUAUCUAUACAAAGAAGUAAAAAUAGUUUGGCUUUUAAAGUAUAGGACUAGAAUGUAUUAUAAAAUGGCUGUUUAAGUAACUGAAGGUAUAUGGGAAUCUUUAGUAUGAUAGAGAUAAAUUGGUAAUAUAAUUAUUGAGGAAGGUUAUAGAAGGAAGCAAUAAGGUUAUAAAUGACAUUCGGAAUGGAUAAUGUGAUUAAGUUAAUGAUUGUAAUUUAAGCAUGAAGGGGAUUAUUCAGUGAUGUUAUGACACUAUGAGGUAAUAGUUGGGCACAAAUAUAACCCAAUGAAGUUAAAUUAUGGAAUAUGGGGAAUAUAAAAUUUUGAUUCAGUAAGGAUUGCGAGAAUAAAGUGAGGAGGAAGCUGGGCUGUUUUCGUAGUUAAUUAUACCGAAAGUCAAUAAGAUUAUUGGAGUAUAAGACAAAGAAGAUAAUUGGAUAGGGAUGACAAUAAAUUUGAGGAAAGUUGUAGAUAGUAAGCAACUUAUGUGUGGAGUGGUAUAUUUAUCAUGAAUUUAUUACACUGUAUGGAAAGGAUGUUUUGAGGUGGAAUUUUAUGAAUGUUGAUAAACGUCAAAAGAUGACAUGAGAUGAAAGUAUUAAUCUGGCUUAGUGUGUAUGACAAGAAAAUAGAAGGUACCUAUACUUAUGGAACUCAUGAUAUAUAUCUAAAAGGGAAACCACUGGUUGAGAAUGAUUGAUGUGGUGACUUUGAAUGCAGACAAAUAGCUUUGAUGAGAAAAUUUCUAAUAGCUACAGUGCUUCAACAUUGACUGUUCAACGCUAUAAUGCUCCGAAUACCUCACGCCUAUGAUGCAUGAGUAAGAUGGGAGUGACACGAUAAUGAGCUUACAAAUUGAAUUUUGGUUGUUGGUCAUUGUGUUUUGUUAUCUGGGAGUCUUAAAUAUUCUGGAGAAUGUUUACCCAAAUGAAUUGAAAAACUUCUUUAUUGCCUUGUAUAUAGGCAUAUAAUUAAAAAAAAAAAAUUUGAAAGAUUCUUGAGAUGACUAUAUUGAGAUGAGAUACCAAGUAAUGAAAGUGUGAAGGAAGAAUUACGAGACUGGUAUAGAAAAUCAGUUUAUAUAGAAUAUCAUUAUGAGAAUUUGUAAUAUCUGUUUUGAUACAGUAAAAUGACAAGGGUUAGUAACAACAUGAGGCUAA